AUGCAUCACAGGAUGAAUGAAAUGAACCUGAGCCCUGUGGGGAUGGAGCAGCUGACUUCAUCCUCUGUGAGCAAUGCCUUGCCAGUCUCAGGAAGUCACCUGGGCUUGGCUGCCUCACCCACUCACAAUGCCAUCCCUGCUCCAGGCCUGCCAGUAGCUAUUCCAAACCUUGGUCCUUCCUUGAGUUCUCUGCCUUCUGCUUUGUCUCUGAUGCUCCCAAUGGGUAUUGGCGAUCGAGGGGUGAUGUGUGGGUUACCAGAAAGAAACUAUACCCUACCUCCAUCACCUUACCCUCACCUGGAAAGCAGUUACUUCAGAACCAUUCUACCUGGCAUUUUAUCUUAUUUAGCUGACAGACCUCCUCCUCAGUAUAUCCACCCCAACUCUAUAAAUGUUGAUGGUAAUACAGCAUUAUCUAUCGCCAGUAACCCAUCAGCACUGGAUCCGUAUCAGUCUAAUGGAAAUGUUGGAUUAGAACCAGGCAUUGUUUCAAUAGACUCUCGCUCUGUGAAUACACAUGGUACCCAAAGUCUUCAUCCCAGUGAUGGCCAUGAGGUGGCAUUGGACACAACAAUUACUAUGGAAAACGUUUCUAGGGUUACCAGCCCAAUCUCUACAGAUGGAAUGGCAGAGGAGCUUACAAUGGAUGGUGUUGCAGGCGAACAUUCCCAAAUCCCCAAUGACUCCAGAAGUCAUGAACCUCUGUCUGUGGAUUCUGUGAGCAACAACCUUGCAGCAGACACUGUAGGCCAUAGUGGUGUGAUACCCAUUCAUGGGAAUGGCCUGGACCUCCCUGUGGUCAUGGAGACAGACCACAUUGCAAGUCGUGUCAACGGGAUGUCUGAUAAUACCCUCAGUGACUCCAUCCACACCGUGGCCAUGAGCACCAACUCUGUAAGCGUGGCACUCUCUACCUCACACAACCUCGCCUCCCUAGAAUCUGUUUCCCUCCAUGAAGUUGGCCUCAGCCUAGAACCUGUGGCAGUCUCCUCCAUCACUUCGGAGGUUGCUAUGGGGACAGGUCAUGUAGAUGUAUCUUCAGACAGUCUUUCUUUUGUACCAUCUUCACUGCAAAUGGAAGACUCCAAUUCAAACAAGGAAAAUAUGGCAACCUUGUUUACAAUUUAUGCAGAGGAGAAGAUGGUCUGUAAGAGACAGUACAUGCCUUUAAGGAGCUUAAUCUGGAACCGGGAAGAGCAGAAUUUGGUGGCUUAUCCCCAUGAUGGAAAAAUCUAUUUCUGCACCUCACAAGAUAUCCCUCCUGAAAACGAACUGCUUUUUUAUUAUAGCCGGGGUUAUGCUCAGCAGAUUGGUGCUCCUGAACACCCAGAUGUGCACCUCUGUAAUUGUGGCAAGGAGUGCAAUUCCUAUUCAGAGUUCAAAGCCCACCUGACCAGCCAUAUUCAUAACCACCUUCCCAGCCAGGGCCACAGCAACAGCCAUGGACCAAGCCACAGCAAAGAAAGGAAGUGGAAGUGCUCGAUGUGCCCCCAGGCUUUUAUCUCUCCUUCCAAACUUCAUGUCCACUUUAUGGGUCACAUGGGCAUGAAGCCUCACAAGUGUGAUUUCUGUAGUAAGGCUUUUAGUGAUCCCAGCAACCUGCGGACCCACCUCAAGAUACACACAGGUCAGAAGAACUACAGAUGUACUUUGUGUGACAAGUCGUUCACCCAGAAGGCUCACUUGGAGUCCCACAUGGUCAUCCACACGGGCGAGAAGAACCUCAAGUGUGAUUACUGUGACAAGUUGUUUAUGCGGAGACAGGACCUCAAGCAGCAUGUGCUCAUCCACACACAAGAACGCCAGAUCAAGUGUCCCAAGUGCAGUAAGCUGUUCCUGAGAACAAACCACCUAAAGAAGCAUCUCAAUUCUCACGAAGGGAAGCGGGAUUAUGUCUGUGAGAAAUGUACAAAGGCUUACCUAACCAAGUAUCACCUCACCCGCCACCUGAAAACCUGCAAAGGGCCCACCUCCAGUUCAUCUGCACAAGAGGAGGAAGAAGACGAGGACUCGGAGGAGGAAGAAUUGGUUGACUCUGUGGGGACAGAAGACUGUAGGGUUAACAGUGCCGUGUAUUCAGCAGACGAGCCUCUCUCUGCACAUAAAUAA